AAUUAGAAAGUGAUGUAAAGGAAGAUGGAGAAACUACCUAUGCGAAGGAAAGUCUAGGGACAACACCAUCGGAGACUAAACUUCUUGGAUUAGGCUGGAACAAAUCAGAAGACACUUUGUCAGUGACAUUUCCACCAAACGAAAAUGAAGUUACGAAAAGAAUCGUCCUGAGAACUAUGGCGAAAAUCUAUGAUCCGCUGGGAUUAGCAGCUCCUAUUCUACUCACGGCCAAAGUGAUCUUUCGAGAUAUCUGUGAUUCUAAGUUGGGAUGGGAUGCAGAUCUACCUGACGAGCUAAAGCGGCGAUGGGAGAAAUGGUUGAAGAAUUUACCUGUCCAGUUGAAGAUGCCACGAGCAAUACCUAGAGAAAUCGGUGUGAUUGUCGAAUUGAUUCUUCAUGGAUUCGCAGAUGCGAGCCUUCUUGGUUGUUGCGCUGUGAUCUACGCUAUUAUCAAGCAAGCUGGAGUGAUUAGUCAAGGGUUCCUGAUUUCGAAAACAAGAUUGGCCAAACGGGACUUGACUAUUCCGCGCCUGGAGUUA